UGUAAAACAUGCCUUCCUGUCAACAAUGAUAUUUUUUUAGAGAGUACAGCUACAUGAAGCGAUCAUUUAGUGUAUUGUAACCUUAGACGGACCGGUUAAACAACAACAACAACAAAUUGAACGAGCACCCGAAACUGUAGAGAAUGGCUGAAGCAACUCCAGCCCCUCCUGCUGCCUGUGAAAGAGAGUUUCUUGAGUACUCAGGACCUGUGGCAGGAAUGAAGUACCCAGUGAAAGUUAAAUACUGUGGCGAUUGCGGUACUCCAAUUGAGUACUGUGAGUUCUAUCCAAACUAUGAAAAGUGCAAGAAAUGGCUUGAGUCAAACCUUCCAGACGAAUUUGGAAAGAUAGUGUCCGUAAAAGAUGAUGAUGGUGAGGGUGGUGGGGGUGGUGGUGGGGAGGCAGAUGACAGCGAGAAGAAGAAGCGACAGACACGGGGUGGCAAAGGCACCGUGAAAGCAAAGAAGAAGUCUGAGCCAACCGGUAUAAAAGUCGGAACUUCAAAACGAGGCAAAAAGAAAACAAUCACCAUUGUUAUUGGACUUGCCUCUUAUGACAUUGAUCUUAAAGAUGCUGCAAAGUUUUUCUCCAAUAAGUUUGCCUGUGGCUCCACAGUACAGGGAGAGGAUGAAAUAUGUAUCCAGGGGGACGUGAAGGACGAUCUAUUUGACAUUCUGCCAGAGAAAUGGAAAGCUAUAAGUGAAGAUGAUAUUGACGAUGUUGGGGAAAUCAAGAAAUGAUGAAAAGUCAUAAAAGACUUUGUUGUUUAAUUUUAAAUACUAGUAAAUUAAAAUAAAAUUAUUUAAUGGAAAACUGUAA